AUUGCACAUCCCUACCACUUGGCCCAACGGCCCGUCACCACACCUGUCGAACCCCUGCGAUACAGCCAAAACUUCUUUGUUGGAAGUGAAUAAAGCAGAGUGUGUUUCGGCCGGUUCGUCACCCGCUUUCAAACACCCCAGCACCAUCAAUGAAAAUUACCUUCCUGUGUAACGUGACUUGGGGUAUAAGAAGUCUCUUGUAGCCUUACACUGGUGUUCGAUCCUAUCCAACACUCCCACUAAGCCUGCAACACAACCAAGAUGCGCGCGGAAAUUCAUAACCCAAAUGAGAGGCCCUCGACCAGGCCGCCGGCCGCACUGACUCUGAGAGAAUUCAACAGCAAAACCUUGGAUCCCCCCGUCCCAGUCUACCUCCCCUGGAACCUCACAGCCCAUGAAUUCACACAGAUCCUCGACAGCCCCAGCAACAAACCCGCAUUCAAGUUUCCCGCACUAAGGAACUGGCUGUUGGGGCUUCUUGGAACUCUGGAUGCACAAAAAGAUGAAUCGCAUCCGUUCCAUAGGCAACCAUAUCGCCUGGAAGAGCUGACUGUCGAGUCUGUAGACUGGUUCGACAAGAAAAAUUAUACGCGCCUGGGAUAUAUGAAGAUUCAGUCAGAAAUUAGAAAUGGGUCUGGUGACAGCGAUUGGAUACCUGGGUCUGCGUUCUUGCGAGGCGGGAGUGUGGCUAUUCUUGCCAUCGUACAGCCAACAGACGCCUCAGGAGAAACCGAGAAACACGUUAUUCUGACUGUUCAGCCUCGCCUGGCAGUUUCCAGCCUGGCCUUCACCGAAAUCCCAGCGGGCAUGCUGGAUGACUCGGGCUCCUUUACCGGAACAGCAGCACAGGAACUGAAAGAGGAGGCGCACCUUCAUGUCAAGAUAGAAGAAUUGUUGGACCUGUCUGAACUUGCUUUGGAACAAGGACAAGCUGAUUCCCUGGCCCCAACCAACCAGCUACGAACGGCAAUGUAUCCCAGUCCAGGCGGGUGCGACGAGUUUAUGAAACUUUACUUAUACCAGAAGCGUCUGUCACGGGCGCACCUGGAGUGGCUCAAGGACAGGGCCACGGGACUGGAGAAUGAAGGCGAAAGGAUAAGGCUGAAACUAGUUCCUCUAGAGAACUUUUGGAGAGAGGCUGCGCGCGAUGGUAAAGCGCUGUCUGCGUUGGCGCUGUAUGAGAAUCUUAAACGGCGGGGCAGGAUUCCUGAUAUGCCCAAGGAGCCAGCGGAGGAGCCUAAGAUGUAAUCUCGUAGUUUGAAGGCAGGGAAUUGAGAGCUGGUGAUUGGUGAUUUGCCGGAUCAACUUGAAGAAGAGGUCUUAAGCGGAUGAUAAAUAUCAACAGUGCAUUGAUGUU